CGAGCCCCUCGCACAGGCCGGACUACUACCGUUCGCACUUAUGAUGGCAGGAGCUCCCAUGGAGGGUGGUGGCAGGACUCCACUGCUGCCGAUCGAGGUCUCACUGCUCACAGGCCUGGUCGACCGCUGGCGUCCUGAGACGCACACGUUCCACUUUCCUUGCGAAGAGAUGACCGUUACUUUACGGGACGUUACCAUGCUGAUCGGGCUCCCGAUAAGGGGCACCCCGUUAGUACUUCCACGAUCAGCAAAGGAGCAGUGGAAGAGUUAUAUUCACGGCAGGUUUAACGUGCAUUAUGACAUGAAGGAUGUAGGGCUCUCCAUGUCAUGGAUUCAUGGCCUACCACAGUUCAGCCCUUGCCCACCGGAUGCGGACGAGGCAACAGUUAUGCAGCAUUACGAGGUGUAUUUGUACAUCUUGCUUGGAGGCAUAAUGGUUUGCAACACGGCAGGCGAUUAUGUACUUCCGCAUAUUGUAUGGUUAGCGCGUGAGCUCACGUCACGUCCGUACGAGCCGACACAUUACAGUUGGGGAUCUGCUGUGUUGGCUGCUACAUACAAAGGAUUCUGUGCCGCAACCUAACGGUCAAUGAAGAUGGGAUCUAUUUCUGGCUGCCUACACCUUCUACAGCUCUGGAGCUGGGAUUAUCUCCCGGUGUGUCGACCGUG